UUACACGAUAAAUAAAUAAUACGUAUAUCUACAUACUACUCAAACAGCUGCAGAAGUCUACUGGUGGAGGCGGGUAGCCGUCGCUGGAGCUGGAAUGAAGAAAUAAGCCGAACCGAAAAGAAAGGGCCCAAAACUAAAGCAACAAUUCGCUACACUUCACACUAAAUUUCUAGCAUUUGUUAUGGUUUUAUACUUCGUUUAGACUAAAGAGUCAGGUGUACGUUCGCUUGAUUCAUUUCAUAAUCGUUUCAUUCUCUUUGUCGGAGAAAAAGUUAUAGAAUUUUAGGUGAAAAAGAGUAGCAGAGAUAAAAUACAAAAAUGUCGAAAUCUACAUUAUUGGAAAAUAUAGAAAUACCGGAAACACAAUUCUGUUCUAAUGCAGAAUCGUUCAUAACGCGGGAACAGUUACUUGGCAAUUUGAAAAAUAAAGUUUCCGAAAGCUUAUUGAAAGAUAUUAAUGAUUUCAAUCUAACAAUAAUGCCAGAUUUUCAAGCGCAAGCCAUUCGAUACCUUCAAAAAAACUAUAACAUAGUUAUAUCUACGAGGAGUAGUUGGAACAUGCAAUUAGCAGUUGCAUUAGAAUUACUUGAGUCGUUUUUUAUAACCCAGUGUACCAGGGAAAAUCGGGAUUACGUUUGCUUGAACCUUUCCUGUACUAGGGACAGCUACCAAACAAUGCUUAUUCCUCCUGAAAAAAGGAUACAGUCAGAGUAUCCUUACUCCAGUGGAAAGUGGAAGAAUUGUAAUUUAUGGUGGAGAGCGACAAUCAACAUUGCAUCUCGAAGUAAAAGAAAGCCAUUAAACUAUGCGCGCCUCUCUGGAAGAGUGCCUUACUCACUUAAAGACCGUUUGCGAACAUUGCCACCUGAAUCAUUUUGUUUAGUCGCCGUUGAAGCUGAUCUUUCCAAAGAUUCGUUCACAAGAACGCUGCUUAAAGAAAUUUUCGCUCUUCUGCCCAGUGUAUUCAGGCAAUUUAUCAUUUUUAGCGUUGAUGGCCAAGAACAGUACGUUCUCCGUAUGGAACGCAUGACAUUGGAACGACAACGUGUACCUAUUUAUUUAGAUAUUCUUCAAGAUAUUACACACAAAAGCUUAGAAAGACGUUAUAUCGUCUGUCCAUCAAAUAAAAAAAUGUUGUUAUUGCUAUCUUUUUUGAAGAAAAAUAUCAAUAAGAAAAUAAUAGUCGUCUGUUGUUCAGUUUUCAUGUUGCUUGCGUACAAAGGACUUAUAACACGCCAUAUCCGUGCUCCACUCAUGACCAUCUCUGAAGGACAACAAAAUGUAACUUCGAGAUUUGCGCAAAUCAAAAGAGGUAUCUUAUUAUGCACACCAAAAACUGCCAGAGGAUGGGAUUUCCCUCGUGUCGACUGGGUCGUUCAUCAGAGUCACGGUUUUUGUUGUUCCAUCCUGAGUUAUAUUGAUCAAAUACGAAGUGUGCGUAUUGUCAGACAUGAACAUUAUAUUAGUACAAUCGGACAAGAAUUAUUUAUACUGGCAACGGAAGAAGCUAACACCUGGUUGGAAACUCUGAAACAAACUCGGUUUAUUUCAAACAAAAAUGAGAUUUCAUGGGCCCCACAUUUUUAUGAUAAUUGGAUCGCUUUUGUGUUCGAAAAUCCAUUACAAGUUGACAUUCUUUACAAAUUCCAACUUUUGAGAGUUAUCUUAAGAUAUUUUCGGCGAAGGUUACGUUGUACCAAUUCAGCUACCUAUUACUUGACUGAAAAUUCAAAGACUGAAAUCAACUCAGGAAACAGUUGUAAGCAAAACGUGUAUAGAAGUAUGAAGUUUUAGAAAAUAAAAAUAAGAUUCCAAAAUUUCACUGCAUAAUAGUAAGGCUGUACCCACCGUUCUCAAUGAAGGUGACGAACUGAAGAACUUCUCUUCAAUUUUAUAUGAAAGUAUGUUAAUUUAAGCAAGAGUCUAGAAAUGAAAUUGAAAAUUGCUAGAGAAAAGCGAACUUUUGCUGGAGGCUCUAGAUCGACUCGAAAAUGCUGGCAAAUGACAAUCGAUUUGGUGGAGGGGGAUCGAAUUUGGAAAGUAGACAAAGUUAUGAAAAAUUUGUAGCAAAAUCAACGCUAUUGAAUUUUUUUGAAAAUUUUCAAUCUGUAUAAAACAUGAAAAUUUCAAAUAAGAGGUCUUUUUUUAACCCCUCCCCCAUCGAUUAUCGCAAUUUUCAAAUCAACUACAAAUAAAUCUCGAAAUAAGAAAUCUUCAUUUAUUUUGUUUUAUUUCAAAGAUAUUUUUAGACAAUACAUUAUAAAAAUUAUUAACAGACAAAUGGCAAAAUAUUUUAUACUCGUAAAAAGCAAUCUUGUACAAAUAAAUUAUUACUAAUUUAGAAAAAGAAAAUGUACAUAUGACUUAGAAAGUUAAUUAUAAUCUAGCUCGAGUAGAAGUAAAGACCAGUUGGUUUUUUAACCUGUCCUAUGAAAGAGACCGGCUAAAUAUAAUUUUUAAAAUAUUUUUAUUUUCGUAUUUUUAUUAACAUGUAUAAAUAUAUCAUACAUAAUUUACAUAUAACGUAUAUUAUCACAAAUAAUGAUAGGAAAUGGUCUAACGUGGAAUUACCCUUUGAAAAUCUAAACUGAAAUUCCGUUUCUUCGUAUAAUUUUUCAUCAUUUUGAACGAUAAUAGAAAAUAAAAAACAAUUACAAGCAUAGAUACAAUUUUUUAUCAGCUGUUUUUUAAAAUAAAAUUAUGAAAACAAUUUAGACAAAAAAGUAAUAAUAAAUAACCAGAAACAACGAAAUAAACCAAUUAAAAAAAGAAAAAAAACGCGUUUAAAUAUCAAAUGAAAAAUUAGAAAUAUAUAAAUAAACGAAAAAAAAAAUAAUAAUAGAAGUGAUCACCCAAAAAAUAAUAAUAACAUUUUAUUAAAUGGCAAAUGAUGACUACCGAGAGAGGAAAUAAAUGUCUUUUUUAUUUUUAUUAAAUCUAAAUUAAAAUAUUAAAACAUUAAUAUUAAAAAUAGGUACAAGAAUUGUUCACAUUUUGUACGCGUAAGAAAACAUCGUUCUUAGUACUUGGCAAGAACCUGCACACAUAUAUUCGCCAUUUUUUUUUCAUUUUUUCAUUUUUUUAUUCUCCCAGAGUUGAUUUUUUGUUUGUUUUUUUUUUUUUACUUAAUUU